ACUGUUUAACGCAGAGAGAGCCUUCUUCUCUUCUCUCUUCCUUCUUCUCCUCCUCCUCUCUCUGUCUCUACAGAGAAUAAGGUUUUUUUGAUUCAUUCAUUUAUAAAGACCUUUUGAUUCGCUGGUGAUCAUCGGAUAAGUAGAAGCGCGGAGGAGGCUGUGUUUCGCUAUCCUCUAAUUGAGGUGUUGAGAAGAUAUUGAACGAAUCCUUUUUUUCUAUAAAAAACUAAAAAAAGAACAGAUCGGAAUCGGAAACGUACCAUUACAUAAUUCAAAAUCAGGUUUCUCACUUGGGUAUAAUGAUGAGGUAUCAAAGAGUAAGCCCAGAUUGUCUUCCCCUAACAAAUGGAAGCAAGAAGCCAUACUUAAGACCAUCACCUUCAAGAUCAACAAACGAAGACAACACCACCACCGUCAUUACCACCACAACAACCUCAAUCGCCGCAAGAGGAUUCAACGCCGGAGGAUCAUGCACAACCACCAGUUCCUUAGACGGAGUCCCCAAAGGAUUCCGAUUCAGAUCCAUCCAACAACAACAGCAACAGCAGCAAGAACAGGAUCCUAGCCCUAGCCGUCGCGGCGGAGAUGUGCUGUUACAGUGGGGACAACGGAAGCGAUCGAGAGCCUCCAGAGCCGAGAUCCGAUCCAUCACAGCUGAUGACUCGUCUUCUUCUUCAGGACAAGGUAAGAUUCAACCGAACAAGCUCGUGAGACGAUCGGUGAAUCCUUCUAUGCCGCCACCGCCACCAGCUCCGCCGGUUUUCUCAAGCCGGAGUACGAACCCUAGAAACGGUUUCGUCGUCGGCAAGGAAUCUUUCUUCCCUUCCAGAAAUCUAGAAGAUCGAUCAGCAAACGGAUCACCAUCAAGGAACAACAUAAACGGCCGUAUGAUGUCCAGAUCGGGUGGCUCAAAGCGAUCUCCACCGUCCCCAGACCAAAUCGAGAAGAGAUCAAGCGUACUUAGAGAUCAGAGACAAAACGGGUUCGAUCAUCAACAACAGCAGCACCACCAGCACCAGAGAGUGAACAGAUCAGAAACAACGGGUCAGGGACAUCAAGAAGUGGAGGUGAAUGGAGAGAGAGAGAAAGCAACGCAAGAGUGGCCGAGGAUCUACAUUGCUUUGUCUAGGAAAGAGAAGGAAGAAGAUUUCUUGGUUAUGAAAGGAACUAAGCUUCCUCAUAGACCCAGGAAACGAGCUAAGAACAUUGAUAAAGCCCUUCAGUUUUGUUUCCCAGGGAUGUGGUUGUCUGAUUUGACCAAGAACCGUUAUGAAGUUAGGGAGAAGAAAAAUGUGAAGAAGCCGAAACGGAGAGGAUUGAAAGGCAUGGAGAAUUUGGACACCGACUCUGAAUAAUUUUUUUUUAUCUUUUGUUCUUUUUGUUCUUUUCUUUUUUCCCCUUCUGUGGUUUUCGAUUUUUCUUUUAAGAAGAAACAAGACGCACACGUGUGGCUAGCUUGUGAAGAGCGUGCGACAUUGGCUCUCAGCAAGAACCCAGCAGAUCGAGCCUGUACGAUCGAGAUAAUUUACCCUAUUUUUAUCUUUUUAUUUCUUUCUUUGGUUUUUUUCUUUUUUUUUUGGGUUUCCAAAAUUCUUUUUCGUUUGUUUCGUGUACAAAAAAGAAAAAGAAGGUGAAAAAUGAAGAUCCCCUUCAUAAUUCAUAUUCCUCUUUUAAAUUA